AGGCAGUGGCCAUAUUCUUGUACACUGUUGGGCAUAAUACUCGGAUGCGGCCUAUGGCAGACAGAUUUCAGCAUUCCACUGAAACUGUGGAUCGCAAGUUCCGUAGGGUUUUGCGAGCUGUCCACACAUGGGGCCAACAUUUAAUCAAGCCGAAUCCAAAUGUGGUAGGCCUUCCAGAGCAUUUGCGGGGGAACAAUAAGUAUGACCCUUGGUUUGAGAGAAGCAUAGGAGCUAUUGACGGAACACAUGUUAGUUCUCGGCCUUCAGCGAUAAGACUCCAGACUCAUAGGAGUCGCAAGAGCACUGUUACAACCAACGUCAUGUGUGCAUGUGACCAUGACAUGCGGUUUACGUAUGUCCAUGGUGGUUGGGAGGGAAGCGCCAACGACUCUAGGGUGUUUGAAGAAACUAUUAAAGACCCAAAGCAUGGCUUCCCAUGGCCACCGGAAGGUUCCUAUUACUUGGUUGAUUCGGGGUAUCCCAUUGGUGCAUCGUUCCUUCCACCACAUAAGGCCACCCGAUAUCAUGCUCAAGAAUUCAGGAGGAGGAGUACUAGGCAACCAAAAUCGGGGAAAGAGUUGUUUAAUUAUAGACACUCUUCAUUGCGUAUGGUGAUUGAGAGGUGUUUUGGAGUCUUGAAGGCUCGCUUUCCCAUCUUGAGCAACAUGGCAAAGUAUAAGCAAUAUCGUCAGCGUUUAGUUGUUUCUGCGUGUUGUGCGUUACAUAAUUUCAUACGCAUCAAUAAUUGAAGGGAUGUUCUGUUUAACACGUGGGAGAACCUUGGUAGGGAUGAUAUGCAAACCGAAAAUAAUGGGAACUCUCCUGAGUCGAGUGCAAGUGUCGAAAGAAGACAUGUGAGGGAGAUGUCUAAUGCAUCGAAGAGAGCAAUGGGUGAAUUCAGGGAUGAUAUAACUGACCGUAUGUGGGAGGAGUACGUGCGACGUCGACGUUAGUGGUUGGCAUGUCUAAGGAUUCACCUUUUUUGUUGGGACUUGUAUAGAGCUAAUACCCAGUCCCAUGACAUUUUGUUGGGACUUUUGUAUAAGUCUAGGUACCGUGACUAGAAGUCACUUAGCAUGACACGUGAUGCACCAUUUUGGACAUUAUGAUGCAUUUUUUUUGUAAUUAAGAUUAACUGUACACAUGCUUACAUGUAAUGGCUAAUGUCAAUAAUCUAUUGACAUUUCUGAUGUAAUUCUUUUUGGCAAUUUUAAAGUAAGUGUAUGUAAUACCUAUUGGUAAUGUAAGUACAGGUGGACAUGGUUAUAUGUAAUACCUUUUCGCAAUGCAUUUUAUAUGUAAUACCUUUUU